AUGUAUAGAAGAAGUAUUAUUAGAAGUAAUAUAACAUCUGUGCUAUUACGUAACAGUAAAUACUGCUAUUCAACCACAAAUGGAUCUAGCAAAAAUGACUUUAAUUUUGAUUUUAUGACCCAAGAAGAAGAAAGAACCCCAAAUCCAUUAUUACCAUUUCAAAAAGAUCUAGGUUCAGUAGUUAUACCUGAAGACAUGAAACCUAAAAAACAAAAACUUCUGGCCGAGGAAAAGGAAGCUAGAAAACAAGCAAUUCGUGAAAAAGCAGUCAUGCCAUCAAGUUCCCCCUUCCGUAAUGAAGAUGGGACAUUUAUCAAAGGUCAUAAUUCUCAAGAUGCAAGAUUACAUGAUUCAACCCUUUUAGGAAAAGUAGAUAAUCACAUCACAGUAUUACCUCGAGCAAUAGCAAAAGCUAUCGGGAACAAUAUCUUAAGUACAAAUACCCCAGGUAGACUUAGACAAAAAGUGGUUUCCAUCUAUCAAAAUAUGCAAAAGGCACAAAUCCAAAAAGAUCCUUCAACUCCAUUAGAUACAAAUGCUCAUAUUGCGGCAUUUUUCUUACAAGAUUAUUCUCAUUGUAGACAGGUUUUGUUAGAACUUCAAAAGAGAGUUGGGAAGGAUAAGUUCAAUCCUCAAAGUGUUCUUGAUGUUGGAUAUGGUCCAGCUACAGGUAUGGUUGCCUUGAAUGAAAUAAUGGGGGAUGAAUGGGUUCCGAAAGAUAAAGACGCAUAUAUUGUCGGAAGAAGAAAUGGGGAAAUGAAAAAGAGAGCAAAGAUUAUAUUAUCGAGACAAAUUAAUGAGAAUUUUGCUGGUGAACAACCAUCAGAACCAUCUAAAAAGGCAUUAAAGCGGGCUGCACGUGCCGCUGCUGCAAAAGCUCAAGAGAUAGCUGAAAAUGGAGAAGAAGUGGUGGAGGUUGGACAGGAACAAGAAGAGACUGUACAAGAAGAGACUGCACAAGAAGAACAAGUAGAAGAAGAAGAUGAAUAUGUAGGUCCUGUCAAUACCAAGAAAAUCAAUAUUCGUACCGUAUUUAGAAGUACCAUUCCAAUGACCAAACAAUACGAUUUAAUCAUUGUGAAUAAUUCCCUAUUAUCUCGAGAAUUCAGUUUUCCAAGAGAUGUUGAUGAAAACAUAAGAACCAUUUUACGUUGUUUAGCUCCCGGUGGACAUCUUGUUCUUGUUGAACGUGGGAAUUCUGUCGGGUUUGAAACUAUUGCACGUGCAAGACAAAUCAUGAUCCGUCCGGAAAAUUUCCCGGAUGAAAUCGGGAAGAUUCCUCGUCCAUAUAUUAAAGGAUCGAGAGGAAAACCACAACGGAUGAAAAAGGAGGAUGCAAUCAUUACUGAGGAUGAUAUUAAGUUUGAAGAAGAAAUGUUAGCUAAGAUGGAGCAGGAAGGACAAGAAAUGGCAGAAGAAUUAAAAAAGAAGUUUGGAGAUGUGGCUGAAGAAGAAUUAAAAUUCGAUCAUGAAGAAGAAAUGGAAGUAUUUGAUGUUGAUACCCCGAUUGAAGAAAUGUUGGAUAGAGUUGAUUAUCAUUUGAGUAUUGUGGCUCCUUGUCCUCAUCAUAGAAAAUGUCCUUUACAAUUAGGUGAUCCUAAAUAUUAUAAGAUUUCUUCGCAUAAACGUAGAUUAAACUUUUGUUCAUUUUCAAAAGUUGUGGAAAGACCAAAAUAUACUAUGGAAUUGAAAAGGGGUAAAUUAUUAGCUUCUACUUGGGAUAAAUCUGCUGAGGAUGGUAUUGGUAAACUCACAAAAGCUCAAUUGAAAAAAAUGGAAGGGUCUGGUAGAGCCGGUGGUCGUGAUUCAGAAGAUGGAUCUUAUUCAUAUUUGAUUGUUAAUAGAAGUUUAAAUGAUAAUGCUACCCUUGAAAAGAUUGAAAAAGAUCGUGAAUUUAAAGAUAGAGAUGAUUUCACCGAUAUAAAUCAUUGGCCACGUAUUAUUGAGAAUCCUCAAAAGAAGAAGAGUAAUGUUACCAUGAAAGUUUGUUCAGCUGAAGGGAAUGUUGAAUUAUGGCAAGUUCCAAAAAGUUUUGGUAAACAAGAAUAUCAUGAUGCAAGAAAAGCUUCAAGAGGUGAUCUUUGGGCAUUAGGUAAGAAAUCUCAUGUUGUUAAGAAUACAUUAAGUGAUGAAGCUCGUGAGAAGUUGGAUAAAUUGUAUAUUACUCAGAAAAAGAAUGUCUUAAAGGAACAACAAAAGAAGAGAUGGAAGAAAGUUCUUUCUGUUAAUGAAGAGACAUUUAAUGAUGAAAUUGCUGAUGUUAUGGCUACUAAUUUAGAAAACUCAAGAAAAUAUAAAGCUUUGAAUAAGAAGUUGCCAUUCGAUGUUGAUCCAGAAAGCUUUGAUGGAAAUUAG